AGUUGGGCCACCGGGUCCUCAGGGAACCGGCCAUGGAGGGCGAGCGGGCGCCGCUGUUGGGUUCGCGGCGGCCGGCAGUGCCGGCGGCGGCCGGGGUGUUCGCGGGGCGGCGUGCGGCGUGCGGGGCGGUGCUGUUGACUGAGCUGCUGGAGCGCGCGGCCUUCUACGGCGUCACGGCCAACCUGGUGCUGUUCCUGAAUGGCGCGCCGUUCGACUGGGAGGGCGCGCAGGCCAGCCAGGCGCUGCUGCUCUUCAUGGGCCUCACCUACCUGGGCUCGCCGUUCGGGGGCUGGCUCGCCGACGCCCGCCUCGGCCGGGCCCGCGCCAUCCUGCUCAGCCUGGCCCUCUACCUGCUGGGCCUGCUGACCUUCCCGCUGCUGGCCGCGCCCCGCUCGCGCUCCUUCCUCUGCGGGGACCCGCGGCCGGAGCUCGUGCGCAACUGCUCGGCGCCCUUCCCCAACGGGACGGCGGCGUGUCCCGAGAACGCCGCGCGCCGCUGUGCUCCCGCCACCUUCGCGGGGCUAGUACUCGUGGGACUCGGGGUGGCCACGGUCAAGGCCAACAUCACGCCCUUCGGCGCCGAUCAGGUUAAAGAUCGAGGUCCAGAAGCCACUCGGAGAUUUUUCAAUUGGUUUUACUGGAGCAUUAAUUUGGGAGCAAUCCUGUCAUUAGGAGGUAUUGCCUAUAUUCAGCAGAACGUGAGCUUUCUCACAGGCUACCUGAUUCCCACAGUCUGUGUGGCCAUUGCUUUCCUGGUCUUCCUCUGUGGCCAGAGUGUCUUCAUCACCAAGCCUCCUGAUGGCAGUGCCUUCACUGACAUGUUCAGGAUUCUGACCUACAGCUGCUGCUCCCAGAGAGGAGGGCAGCGGAGAAGUGGUGAAGGCCUUGGAGUCUUUCAGCAAUCUUCUAAACACAGUCUGUUUGAUUCAUGUAAGAUGUCGCGUGGAGGGCCGUUCACAGAGGACAAAGUGGAAGACGUGAAAGCCCUGGUCAAGAUUGUGCCCGUGUUCUUGGCUCUGAUUCCUUACUGGACAGUGUAUUUCCAAAUGCAGACCACAUAUGUUUUACAGAGUCUUCAUUUGAAGAUUCCAGAAAUCUCAAGUAUCACCACCACCCAUCACACGCUGCCUGCAGCUUGGCUCACCAUGUUUGAUGCGGUGCUCAUCCUCCUGCUCAUCCCACUGAAGGACAAGCUAGUGGACCCGGUGCUGAGGAGACAUGGCCUGCUCCCAUCCUCCCUGAAGAGGAUUGCUGUGGGGAUGUUCUUCGUCAUGUGCUCUGCCUUUGCUGCAGGAAUCCUGGAGAGUAAAAGGCUGGACCUGGUAAAGGAGAAGACCAUUAACCAGACCAUUGGUGGUGUGGUGUACCAUGCUGCUGACUUGCCCAUCUGGUGGCAGAUCCCACAGUAUGUGCUCAUUGGCAUCAGUGAGAUAUUUGCAAGUAUAGCAGGUCUGGAAUUUGCAUACUCAGCUGCCCCCAAGUCCAUGCAGAGUGCCAUCAUGGGACUCUUCUUCUUCUUCUCUGGCAUUGGCUCCUUUGUGGGCUCAGGACUGUUGGCUCUGGUGUCUCUCAAGGCCAUUGGGUGGAUGAGCAGUCAUACAGAUUUUGGGAACAUCAACAGCUGCCACCUGCAUUACUACUUCUUCCUGCUGGCCGCCAUCCAGGGAGCUACACUGCUGCUCUUCCUCAUUGUGUCUGUGAAGUACGACCGCCAGCGAGCCAGGACAGAUGGGGGGCCAUCCAGCACGAGGACCUGAUGCAGCCAGCCAACAUGCUCACAGGUUCUGCAGACUCUUAAGGCCUCAGGGCUUGCUAACUACCAGGGCACUGCCAGCAAGCAGACUGAGGCUAGAUUGUUGGUGUCCCAACUUCUGAACUUGCAUGUUGUCUGGACUGGCUUCUCCCUCCCUGUGCCCGGAUGAUGGUGGUGAGUGCCUUACUAUGGCCCGUCUCAUGUGCACUGGGCCUGCCAGAUGAUGAGGAUGUGGCUUCUCUCACUGAAGGUCUCUGCCAGUCCUGAGCCAGCCGUGCUCUCCUGGGCAGCCACUGUUCUGCUGCUGCCAUCCUUAUUCCUUACAAAUAUUGUUACUUCAUCAUAGCAUCUCCUUUAAGAUUAGCAAGCACUUCCUUCAAGGCAUAGGAGGAUUCUCUUUAGAGGUGAAAGUGUGGUUGAUGUCAAGAGAGCCCUAGGAGCUGUGUCUACUCCAUCAUGGACUCUUGUCACAGGCCUGGCUGAUGCCAAGGCCUUUGUGGGUCAGUCAUGUAGACUCAUCUGCUCAGAAAGUAGGUUUUGUUGACUGAGAUAAAGAAGUUUUUAUUAGACAAGGCUGGCCUCAAACUUGGGGCUGCCUCAUGUCUGCUUCUCAAGUGCUGAGAUCUCAGAUGUCUGUCACUAUGGUCAGCAGGACUUAGGUCAUGAACAACUGAUCUGCUUUAAGCACAUGCAUCCCUGGUGAUUGAGGACACCAUGUCCUCACUGAAACCAGACAGCAGCUGGCAGGAGAUUGGCAGUUACACCAGGCAGAUCUUUUCUGAGAACUUGACUUUGUGUAGCAGUAAGGAUGGAGGCAGGCGGUGAGUGGGGAAAACAUGGGAGCUGCUGGGCUAUUGGCCCAGCUUUGUACCGUUACUGACAUCUGGGGUUCUGAGUUUGUCAACUGAACUGGUGUGUGUUGCUGUGUUUUGUAUAAUUUUAUAAAAGCUUUUCAGACGUGACACCAAGAGCUUCCUGAUGGUUUCUCCAUACUCUGCAUCAGUUCAGCAUCCCCUAAAGCUGCUGCCAGCUCAGCCUUGUAUUCCUUUGGCCCAGUGUUAGAGCCACAGUGUUCAAGUCCACUUCUGCCAGAAACCUGACUCUGCCUCUCUCACACACCAGGAAGAAGGCUUCAGGAUAAAAACCAUCCACUGUGCCCCUUGUUCUUGGCUUUGGGGUAGGGUGGGGGGAUAGUUCUGCAGAGGUUUGCCCGUAUCUUAAAGAAGAAGCUGGGUGCUGAAGUCAUUAAUCUGUUGUCACGAUGUAGGCUUUCCUGAGUUGGUGAGAAGGCCUAGCAGGUGAAGGUGCCUGUCCCCAAGCCUGAGACCUGCAGACAUGAUGGAGGGAAGGAACCUGUUGUCCUGAGUUGUCCUUUGCCCUCUACACACCAUUAUGAUGUGCAACCUUCCACCCCAAGUAAAACAUAAUAUUCUAAAAGUAGGUUUUCUUCACAGGAAUUUCUGUAUUUGCAUGAGAGAGGGACCUCUGCCUCCCCUUAGUGUGCUGUGGACACACAGGGUGUGUGCUGGUCAUAGGCAUUUCUGCUUUGAUAGCCCAGGGAGCACCCUAAGUGAGACAAGAAUGGCAGCUGGGCAAGAGACCCUGGUGUGAUGAAAAGGACCUGUGGGAACUGUCUCGAAGGUCCUGGGGCUGAGUGUGGCAAGAGCAUCCAUCAUCCUCAUGAGACUACAUAGUGGGGUUGGCUUCAGUACCAGCCACGCUCAGUGAGUGGCACCUUCACCUGGAGAAAUGCAGCAGCUAUUGGUGGAAGUUCACUCUACUCAUGUCUCCAUGGCACCCACAGGGUGGUACCUGGUGCUGAGCAGACUGAAUGGCUUUCUCUUGCCAUGUCUUCCUUGUCUGUUGGGUUUCCUUUAGAUGCCCACUUUUGAGAAUGAUCUUGCAUGUUAGUCAAACCUGGGAAAGACUGGUGGGUACCAGAUUCACCUCCAGUCUUCUGUGUCGGUGGGAGAUCUACUUGUAGUUGGAUAUCGUGUGAGGGCUGACUGUGGUGGAGCUGGUGUUAGUCCUAAAGCCUACAUUAGCAUCUGAACAGACAGACCAUAGGUAGUCACUUUGAUCUACAGUUCUAGGCUGGCAGUUGAAUAAAACACACAAAACUGA